AUGUCUGGGUCAUAUCGCCCCAAUAUUCUCUCUGAGGAAAUGGAAGUACUCCCGACUACCGCAGCCUUCUUCCGCCGGAUUUCUCGCAUCAAUACUCGUAUACCUCCUAUCGCCAGGAAAGCUGCCGUGCCUUGCAAGGUAGCAAAUAUGUCCCAUGACAAGUUGCAACAAGAAGCCGCGUGUCCAUCGCCAAAUCUACGUCGUUGCAUCGGCCACACCGCCGUCUUUCGGAAAUCGAUGGAAGCAACCCAAGCAGAACGCAGACGCCAAAUGCACCACCUGAGUUACUACGAAGACGACGGACCCAGCUACGGUGCCAACGAUAGGACCGAGAUGGACAUUUCUGCCAUCCGGGAACAAGUCGCCAGGACAGUCAAGGCGAUGAUUCGCCGUCGCUCUAUCGCAAGCACACCUCAAGGCCUUGAAUCAGAAAAGUCCAAUGCAUUGCUGCGUGUAUCAGCCCGCAAGUCUCAUGAGAACGAUACCCUCCAGCAGACAACGGAGAAGAGGAACAAAUUUGCUGCUAAGAGUCGAAAAUACGCAUCCAUGCUUGUGCCUGGGCGGAGGAUGUUCACCUUCCCAUCUCCCAUAUUACAUGCGAAUGCCGUCUGUUGA